AUGUCGGUCCUGAUAUCGCAGAGUGUGAUCAGUUACGUGGAGGAGGAAAACAUCCCCGCCCUGAAAGCUCUUCUGGAGAAAUGCAAAGACGUGGACGAGAGAAACGAGUGCGGCCAGACCCCGCUGAUGAUCGCUGCCGAGCAGGGCAACCUGGAGAUCGUGAAGGAGCUGAUCAAGAAUGGAGCCAACUGCAACCUGGAAGACCUGGACAACUGGACCGCGCUCAUAUCGGCCGCCAAGGAAGGGCACCUGCACGUCGUGGACGAGCUGCUCAAGUGCGGGGCGAACCUGGAGCACCGCGACAUGGGCGGAUGGACGGCGCUGAUGUGGGCCUGUUACAAGGGCCGGACUGAUGUGGUGGAGCUGCUGCUCUCGCACGGAGCCAACCCCAACGUCACCGGCCUGUACAGCGUCUACCCCAUCAUCUGGGCAGCGGGCAGAGGCCACGCGGACAUAGUGCAGCUGCUGCUGCAGAACGGCGCCAAGGUCAACUGCUCCGACAAGUACGGAACCACCCCUCUGGUCUGGGCCGCGCGCAAGGGCCACCUGGACUGCGUGAAGCACCUGCUGGCCAUGGGAGCUGACGUGGACCAAGAAGGCGCGAACUCCAUGACCGCACUUAUCGUGGCUGUGAAAGGCGGCUACACCCAGUCCGUAAAGGAGAUCUUGAAGAGGAACCCCAACGUGAACCUGACGGACAAGGACGGGAACACCGCGCUGAUGAUCGCGUCCAAGGAGGGCCACACGGACAUCGUGCAGGACCUGCUGGACGCCGGCACCUACGUGAACAUCCCCGACAGGAGCGGGGACACCGUGCUGAUCGGCGCCGUCAGAGGCGGCCACGUGGAGAUCGUCCGCGCGCUGCUCCAGAAGUACGCCGACAUCGACAUCCGGGGGCAGGACAAUAAAACUGCUCUGUACUGGGCUGUGGAGAAAGGAAACGCGACCAUGGUGAGAGACAUCCUGCAGUGCAAUCCCGACACGGAAAUAUGCACCAAGGAUGGCGAGACGCCGCUGAUAAAGGCCACCAAGAUGCGGAACAUCGAGGUGGUGGAGCUGCUGCUGGACAAGGGGGCCAAGGUGUCUGCCGUGGACAGGAAAGGAGACACUCCCCUGCACAUCGCCAUCCGCGGGAGGAGCCGGAAGCUGGCAGAGAUGCUCCUGAGGAACCCCAAGGACGGCCGGCUGCUCUACCGGCCCAACAAGGCGGGCGAGACGCCCUACAACAUCGACUGCAGCCACCAGAAGAGCAUCCUGACGCAGAUCUUCGGGGCCAGACACCUGUCGCCCACGGAGACGGACGGCGACAUGCUGGGCUACGACCUGUACAGCAGCGCGCUGGCGGACAUCCUCAGCGAGCCCACCAUGCAGCCGCCCAUCUGCGUGGGGCUGUACGCGCAGUGGGGCAGCGGCAAGUCCUUCCUGCUCAGGAAGCUGGAGGAUGAGAUGAAGACCUUCGCGGGCCAGCAGGUGGAGCCCCUCUUCCAGUUCUCGUGGCUGGUGGUGGUCCUGACGCUGCUGCUGUGCGGGGGCCUUGGCCUGCUGUUCGCCUUCACGGUGGACCUGACCCUCGGCGUGGCCGUGGCGCUGAGCUGCCUGGCUCUGCUGUACAUCUUCUUCACCGUCAUUUACUUCGGCGGCCGGAGGGAAGGCGAGAGCUGGAACUGGGCCUGGGCGCUCAGCACCAGGCUGGCCAGGCACAUCGGGUACCUGGAGCUGCUCCUCAAGCUGAUGUUCGUGAACCCGCCCGAGCUGCCGGAGCAGACCACCAAGGCCCUGCCCGUGCGGUUCCUGUUCACGGACUACAACCGCCUGUCCAGCGUCGGCGGGGAGACGUCCAUGGCGGAGAUGAUCGCCACCCUCUCGGACGCGUGCGAGAGGGAGUUCGGCUUCUUGGCAACCAGGCUUUUCCGAGUGUUCAAGACGGAGGACUCGCAGGGGAAGAGGAAGUGGAAGAAGACGUGCUGCCUCCCGUCCUUCGUCAUCUUCCUGUUCGUGCUGGGCUGCGUGGUGGCGGGCGUCACGCUCCUGGCCGUCUUCCGAGUGGACGGGAAGCACCUGACGGUGAACGCCGUCCUCAUCGCCAUCGCGGCCGUCGUGGGGCUGGCCCUGGUGCUCGGCUGCCGCACCUGGUGGCAGGUGCUGGACUCACUGCUCAGCUCGCAGCGGAAGCGGCUGCACAGCGCGGCCUCGCGGCUGCACAAGCUGAAGAGCGAGGGCUUCAUGAAGGUUCUCAAGUGCGAGGUGGAGCUGAUGGCCAGGAUGGCCAAGACCAUCGACAGCUUCACGCAGAACCAGACCCGGCUGGUGGUCAUCAUCGACGGGCUGGACGCCUGCGAGCAGGACAAAGUGCUGCAGAUGCUGGACACGGUCCGGGUGCUGUUCUCCAAAGGGCCCUUCAUCGCCAUCUUUGCGAGCGACCCGCACAUCAUCAUCAAGGCCAUCAACCAGAACCUCAACAGCGUGCUGCGCGACUCCAACAUCAACGGCCACGACUACAUGCGCAACAUCGUGCACCUGCCCGUGUUCCUCAACAGCCGGGGCCUGAGCGGCGCCAAGAAGUACCUGGUCACGGCCACCAACGGCGACAUCUCCUGCCCCGACGCCGCAGGGACACAGGAGGAUGCCGACAGAAGAGUCUCCCAGAUCAGCCUGGGAGACAUGGCCAAGCUUGGCAGCAAGACAGCCCUCAACAGACGGGACACGUACCGCCGGCGGCAGAUGCAGCGCACCAUCACCCGGCAGAUGUCCUUCGACCUGACGAAGCUGCUGGUGACGGAGGACUGGUUCAGUGACAUCAGCCCUCAGACCAUGCGGAGGCUCCUCAACAUCGUCUCCGUGACAGGGCGGCUGCUGAGAGCCAAUCAGAUUAGCUUUAACUGGGACCGCCUGGCCAGCUGGAUCAACCUCACCGAGCAGUGGCCAUACCGCACAUCCUGGCUCAUCCUGUACCUGGAGGAGACGGAGGGCAUUCCGGACCAGAUGACCCUGAAGACCAUCUACGAAAGAAUCUCAAAGAACAUCCCGACGACCAAGGACGUGGAGCCGCUGCUGGAGAUCGACGGGGACGUCAGGAACUUCGAGGUGUUCCUGGCCUCGCGGACGCCCGUGCUGGUGGCGCGCGACGUGAAGACCUUCCUGCCCUGCACCGUGAACCUGGACCCCAAGCUGCGGGAGAUCAUCGCCGACGUCCGCGCCGCCCGGGAGCAGAUCAGCAUCGGCGGCCUGGCGUACCCCCCGCUGCCCUUGCACGAAGCCGCCCCCCGGCCCGCGUCCGGCUACAGCCAGCCCCCGUCCGUCUGCUCCUCCACCACCUCCUUCAACGGCCCCUUCGCCGGGGGCGUGGUGUCCCCCCAGCCGCACAGCAGCUACUACAGCGGGAUGACGGGGCCCCAGCACCCCUUCUACAACCGGCCAUUCUUUGCCCCCUACUUUUACUCGCCACGGUAUUACCCUGGCGGUUCCCAACAUCUCAUCUCACGUCCAACAGUAAAAUCGAGUUUGUCCAGAGAUCAAACCAAUGGCCUAGGCGCCGGCCCGGCCCCCGGCGCGGGGGCGCUGAGCGCCAUGACCGUGGAUGCCGUGUGCGAGCGGCUGAAGCAGAUCGAGGGGCUGGAGCCGAGCAUGCUGCCGCAGUACUGUGCCACCAUCCGCAAGGCCAACAUCAAUGGCCGCGUGCUGGCGCAGUGCAACAUCGAGGAGCUGAAGAAGGAGAUGAACAUGAACUUCGGGGACUGGCACCUGUUCAGGAGCGCGGUGCUGGACCUGCGGAGCGCGGAGCACCAGGCGGCCGCGGAGGACCUGCGGCUGCUCAAUGAGAACAACAGCGGCCCCCCGGCCCCCGGGGAGCCGGCCCGCAGGGCCCCCCACGAGCUGCCGCACACGGAGCUCCCGGGCCCGGCCCCCUUCACCCUCAACUUCAGCUUCGAGGAGCUCAACACGCUGGGCCUGGAGGAGGGCGCCCCACGGCACAGCAGCCUCAGCUGGCAGGCGCAGCCGCGCAGAACGCCCAGCCUCUCGAGCCUCAACUCGCAGGACUCCAGCAUCGAGAUCUCCAAGCUGACGGACAAGGUGCAGGCGGAGUACCGGGACGCCUACAGGGAGUACAUCGCGCAGAUGGCGCAGCUGGAAGGGGGGCCGGGCUCCGCGGCCGUCAGCGGCAGGUCCUCCCCGCACAGCACGUGCUACCUGGGGCCCAGCGCCUCGGGGGGCUCCCUGCACGCGGCCCUGGAGCCGGACAAGGCCAAGGACGGCGAGCCGAAGCCGGAGGACGGGCGGAAGCCGUUCCUGCUGAAGCGGGCCGACGUCCUGGACUACUCCUCGUCCGGGGUGUCCACCAGCGACGCCUCCCCGCUGGACCCCAUCACCGAGGAGGACGAGAAGUCCGACCAGGCGGCCAGCAGGCUCCUGCCGGGCCGCAAGUCCUCCGAUCGGCCCAGCCUCUUCCAGACGGACCUGAAGCUCAAGGGCGGCGGCCUGCGCUACCAGAAGCUCCCCAGCGACGAGGACGAGUCCGGCCCCGAGGAGUCGGACCACACGCCCCUGCUCCGCGAGGACAAGGACCGGAAGGCCGAGGGCCGGGCGGAGCGGGCGGCCCGCUCGCCGGAGCGCAGCGCCGAGCCCCUGCGCCCCUUCAUCAAGGCCAAGGAGUACCUGGCGGACGCGCUGCUGGACAAGAAGGACUCGUCCGACUCGGGCGUGCGCUCCAGCGAGAGCUCCCCCAGCCACUCGCUGCUCAGCGAGGCGGGCGACGCGCGGCUGCGGAAGGCCGACCUCAUCGAGCUGGAGGAGGACGGCCCCCGCGGGCCGCCGCGCAGCCUGAGCGGCCUGCCCGAGCCCGGCCUGGCCCGCAUGUCCAUCUGCUCCGAGGACAAGCCGAGCCCGUCCGAGUGCAGCCUGGUGGCCAGCAGCCCCGAGGAGGCCUGGCCCGCCGGCCCCAAGGCCUUCAACCUCAACCGCACGCCCAGCACCGUGACCCUCAACAACAACAGCGCCCCGGCCGGCAGGCCCACCCAGGGCCUCGACGAGAGGGAGGGGCCCCGGGACACGGGCCCGGUCCUGCUGCGGCCCGGCCUGCACAACGAGAACCUGCGGGGCCCGGCGCCCAAGCGGGGCCCGCUGGCCAGCUACGCCCGGCUCUCCACGGAGGCCUCCGAGCUGCUGGCCGCGGCCGCCGACAGCACCGGCUUCGGGGAGGAGCGGGAGAGCAUCCUGUAG